AUGUUGGGUGUGGAGACGUUCUCCGGUUUAACUGUGGGACCUCAAAGGACUGGAGACUGUCUUUGCAGAGACAGAGAGGCUCCUGCGCGUUUACCACUGUUCCCUUCAACUUGUGACGUGGCCCCGAGGCUCCUGGCCCCUUCAGUCCCUAAUGAUGUGGUCUCCAAACCCCAGAACGAUGAGGUGAAGCUGGAGCUGGAGAAUUCGUCUCUGUGGAAGCAGUUCAGCUCUGUGGGCACAGAGAUGAUCAUAACGAAGAAGGGCAGACGGAUGUUUCCCGGCUUGAAGCUGAAGCUGUCGGGUUUAAGCCCAUCUCUCCGCUACAUCCUCCUCCUUGACAUCGUUCCAGUGGACAACUCCCGCUACCGUUUCCAAAGUGGAGGCUGGCAGGCCGUCGGCAGCGCUGAGGCGAGGUUACCAGACCGGGUGUUCAUCCACCCUGACUCACCUGCCACAGGAGCACACUGGCAGAGCCGCAGCGUCUCCUUUCACUACGCCAAGCUCACCAACAACACACUGGACACGCAGGGGCAUAUCAUCCUGCACUCGCUGCAUCGCUACCAGCCCAGAGUUCAUGUGAUUGAAGCCAGAGAUGUAACGAGAUGGAGCAGAGAACAGCACACCUUUGUUUUCCCUGAAACCCAGUUCAUCACAGUCACUGCGUACCAGAACAGCAAGAUCACAGAGCUCAAGAUCAACUCCAACCCUUUUGCUAAAGGCUUUCGAGACGACGGCAUGAACAGCAAAAAAAAACGAGAUGCAAGACAGAAACGCAAAAUGACCGUGCUGACAGAAACCUUAGACACUGUUCACUGUGAUCGCUGUGACUCUCCUGAGCCUGGAUCCAGCAGCACAGACCUGCAGGCUCUCACCUCUCUGCCUCCACUGACUGAAUCUUCCUGUGGCUUCACAUCAGAGGGGGCCUCCUAUCAAGUCCCAGAGCAGAGCGUAGACCUCAGUCAGGGAUUCAUCACCACCCAGAUGUCAGACAUCAGCAUCCCGGUGACCAACGAGAUGCAGGAGCCUCAGGGGAGUGAAGCAGCAGACAGUAUGAUUGAAGGGUCUGACGUGAUGACCGCAGCAACGUUUGAGUCGGACUUUGCUGCUCAGUCCAGCUCCUCCUCUUUCCUCUCGGCUCCUCUUCCUCCAUCCUCCUCCUCUUUCUCCUCAGACUCAGCCCAUCCUCAUCCUUCCUUCCCUCCUGUCGACUACCCCUCCCUUCUCCCCGCCACCCCCUCCCUGCAGCAAAGCUCCUUCACCUUCCCCACACCACCUCCUUCAGACUCUUCCUCCCCACAUCUCUUGUCCUCCUCCCCCUCCAACGCCUACAACACCCUCUCAGAGACCCCCCACGCUCCUGCCUCUUUCCGUGCUCCCCCCAACGCAUGCCGAUCAAACCUGCAUCCAUCAGCUGGUUCUCACACCCAGCACAGCCAGCUGCUGCAAGAUGAAGCUGCUUCUUCAGCAGCUUUUAUUUACCCGAACGUCCUUCAGAUGAAUCCAGAUCCUGCUGCAGGCACCACCCAGACCUUCGUCAAUCAGCACCAACCACACUCUGCAGUUAACAGUUCUUCCAGCUUUUGUACUUUUCCACCUGUUGCCCAACAAAUGCAAACUCUCUCUUUACCGAGUGCGUCUCCCAGUCCUGCUCUGAGCCUCCCAACUUCAGCUCCUUGUCUUCCUCCUUCCUCUUUUCCUCACUCUUCCUUCCAACCCUCCUCUUGCUUGGCCGUCACUUCCGCUGCCCAUCAAAACAUCCCGAGUCCCUCGACUUCCUCCUACACCUGCUCGUACCCUCCAGUUGAAAUCGGCGCCAUCCCCCACCUCAGUCCUGCUGGACCGUACCGCCCGAAUCUUCUCCCUCAGUUGGAUCAAUCCCUUCGCUCCUCCACCUUUCCAUCAUACCCUCUUCACCUGCGUCAGGGUCCUCACGCGUCCCUCUCUAACCCCUUCAGCCAUCUAUACAGACAACCCCAGCACCCCCACUCCCAGAGGCCCUACAUGCCCACAAGAACAAUGUUUUAA